AUGGCAUGGAACAAGAACCAGGUUGCUCGUGAAAUCUACUUGGUUUGCAAUGCUGCUCGGUGGGACCCUCAUGACAACGAAGUCAGGCAAAUGGCCUUCCAGUUAUUUGGAAACCCUGGAAAUACAAAGCAUUUUCUGGAAGACGCAUUCUCACACCUCGCUGAUGUUGCCAAACGGUUUGCUCGUCACAGCAAAAUGUCCAAGUGGCUGAAGUUCUUCUACAUGACUUGCGUGCCAACCCAAGAUGAGUUGAAGUGGCCACGACUUGACGCAACACCAGAGGACUUUACUGCGGCAAUGAAACAGUCCAAUCGAAUGACCCCAACGGGCAAGAGAUCAGGAAAGGUGUUCACUUUGCCUGAAACCUUUAAACUGCCUAAAGCCUUGAACUUCACUAUCAAGAAUCUGAAGCAGGUGGACAGGAGUGCUGGCACUGCUGCAAACCAAAGGGCAGCUGCAGCGACAGCGUGGGUGCUCUCCAACUCGCAGUCCAAUUUCCGUCACGUCUACAUCAUGGCCACAGAGAAUUUCUUCAAGGGUGCUUUGCCGACGUGGAUGAUGAAUUCAGAGAUCACCGGGGAAGGCAGAUGGAAAAUGCUACCAACCACGCUCCUGUUGCCAAGCCAGCUGCCAGUCGAAUUGCGAACAUAUGGCUCUGUGUGGCAAGUUACAGGAGAACCACAACCGUUGUUGGCGAGUGCUGUGAUGGCCGGCUUGUUCCUGACCCUGUCAACCCUUCAGUCCCUGCAUGCCAUGUUGAAGUUCAAGCAUCCGGACAAGGGUCAGGGAUCAGGCAAGAAUGGAGGAAUCGUCAAACAUGAUUACAGUGAAGCUCUGGUCAACAUGCUUUUCCCUGAAGCAACCCCAAGUGAACGAAAACGGAUGGUAGAUUGCCUCGAUGGUCGAACAGUCUCUCGUGUGAAAUGCUCAGCUGACGUCAUCAACGCAGUCAAAGAACUAGGUGUUGACGGGGAGAGAGAUGUCCACCACCUUCACCAAGUUGCUUUGAACCAAGAACUUGUGGAGAAAGAGAGGGCAUUCCAUGGUCCGCGGGCUCCCACAGAAGAACGUGCAGAACAAAGAACGUUCACCCCACGGUCACUGAAGAGCCUUUUGCCAAGUGGUGCUGGAAUUGGCUGUAGCAGGAACCCACUACUCUGCCGCUACCAGGCCUUGCAUAGUGGACAAGUUGCAGGAUUUCUGACCACACACGCUGCGACUUGGGGUGGUCCAGUUCGCAACCUUUCUGAGUUUGAAGCAUUGCGAGAGUGCAUCAUCGCUUUCAUUUGGACAAAAGAGAAAUUGCUUCGUCCUGAACAAGCUGAGGCUGAGAACCAGCGUCCCAGCGAUAUUCGAGCAGUGGUAAAUAGUUUUGAUGCUAGCACGGGAUUCCUCAAUAAUGAAGAGGAAGAAGCCGGGGAAACCCCGGCAGAAGCAUCUUCUUCGUCCGCCAUGCCAAAGGCAAAGGCCAAAGUGAAGGGAAAUUCCGGAAAGGGCAAGGGUCGAGGCCGUGGCUCUACUGCGGCUAAGGCCAAAGUCAAAGCCAAGGGCAAGAAGGGUGGUAGGUAGGGGCUCUGGCUCUGUUUUCUGUACAAAACAGUCAGCUUUGUUUUGCUGCUACGCCUUUGCCACCAACCAAGUCUCAGUGCAUGGAACACUGGUCUGUGCUGCAUCCAACUGU